AUGAACGAAGCUCCCACCUCCGAAGAUGGCCACGACUUGAUCUUCGUCCGCUCGCUCAACCUCCGAGCCACAACCGGCGUUGACUCGUGGCGACGCCCCAAGCCCCAGCCAAUUCGCCUGUCGCUAUGGCUCAAGACGUCAGUUGCCCUCGCCGGCUCCACCGACCACCUGCCAUACAGCAUCCACUACGGCACCGUGUGCAGCGCGGUCACAAAACUCGUCGAGAAGUCCGACGUGGCGUUCAAGUCGCUCGAGCACCUGGCGGAGGACGUGGCCGCGCUCGCCCUCGGGCACGAGAUCCACGGCGAAUGGGUCAAGGUCGCGAUCGAGAAGCCGCGGGCGCUGCUGCGCGCCGACAGCGCGGGGAUCUCGAUCGUGAGGAAGCGCGGGCCCCAGGGCGAGGUGCAGGGCGAGGGCGAGGAUCGGGUGUUCAUCAACGACUUGAGGCUCGUCACCAUAAUCGGCGUCAACCCGUGUGAGCGCGAGGAAAAACAGAAUGUGGUCAUCAACCUCACGCUGCAUAAGCCGCGGCUUGCGGCAGAGGCGGAGGGGUUCAGUCGCCAGUAUGAUUUUCGCGCGAUUGCGGGGACCGUCGCGGAGCACGUCGAGAGGUCCGAGUAUAAAACUGUCGAGGCGUUCGUGACGGCACUGGCGAGGGAGGCGUGCCUGACUUGUGGCGUCUCAAAGGUUACGGUUCAGGCGGAGAAGCCAAGUGCGUUGACGUUUGCGAAGGCUGCCGGUGUGAAGAUAACGAGAGAAAGAAGCUUUUUUGCACUAGAGCUGCCAGAGGCGCGGGAGAGAGGCGGGAAGCAUGAGGUGUUCAUUGCCCUUGGAAGUAAUCUCGGUGAUCGGUAUAAGAACAUCAGUGACGCCGUGAUGGAGAUGGAGAAGAGGGGGAUUAGAGUCACGAGAACUAGCAGUCUGUAUCAGAGUGCGCCGAUGUAUGUCAUCGACCAGCCGACAUUUCUGAAUGGCGUCUGUCAGGCCGAGACAACGCUCUCCCCGGAAGACCUCCUCAAGGAGCUCAAAUCUAUCGAGGACUACAUGGGCCGCAUAAAGACGAUGGAGAAUGGGCCUCGCACCGUAGACCUCGACAUCCUCCUCUACGAUGCACUCACAAUGUCCACACCAACCCUCACGAUCCCACACGCCUCCAUGCUUGAGCGCGAAUUCGUUCUACGGCCACUCUGCGAUAUCGCGCCGAACAGGGCACAUCCCCUCACCUCCACAGCAUUCAAACAUCACCUCUCCGCGGUCCCUACACCACCCCCUUCCACCCCUUCACUCCGUACCUUCGUCCAAAUCUCGCCGACGAUAACCCUUGAUCCGUCCAGCCCUAAGCGUGACACAUUACUUAUGGCCGUGCUUAACCUGACCCCCGACUCCUUCUCGGAUGGCGGAAAAUACACUACGGCGAACCUGCUGACCACAGUGGAAUCCUUCAUCUCCCAUGGAGCUGACAUAAUUGACAUCGGCGGGCAAAGCACACGUCCGGGGGCCGUCGACAUCGGCGAAGAAGAAGAGCUCCGCCGCGUCAUCCCCGCCAUUCGUACAAUCCGCACCAGCGGACUCACCAUCCCCAUCUCGGUGGAUACCUUUCGGGCCAGCGUAGCACAGCAAAGCAUCGAGGCCGGCGCAAAUAUCAUCAACGAUAUAUCCGCGGGACUGAUGGAUUCGGCGAUGCUCUCGACCGUGGCGGGGUUGAAUGUGCCAAUCGUGCUGAUGCAUACUCGAGGAACGCCGGAAACAAUGAAUUCCCUUGCUAACUAUGGCGAUAUAAUUGUUGAUGUCAAGCGGGAAUUGGGGGAGCGCGUGCGGGCGGCCGAGGAGGCGGGGAUUAGACGGUGGAAUAUCCUCUUGGACCCUGGCCUGGGCUUUGCGAAGACUAUGGGGCAGAAUCUGGAUAUCAUCAAGAGGCUUGGAGAGAUGACCGGCGGCGGGUUUCCGUGGGUGCUUGGUCCGAGUAGGAAGAGGUUUGUGGGGACUGCUACGGGAGUGCUCAGGGCGGCGGAGAGACAGUGGGGGACUGCGGGCGCGGUCGCCGCGUGUGUGGCUGGUGGUGCAGAUGUGGUCCGCGUUCAUGAUGUGGCCGAGAUGAAGAAGGUGGUUGAUAUGUCUGUGGCUAUUUGGAGGGGGUUUGAGGAGUGA